AUGUCCUUGUUGAUCUUUACUACAUUGAUACCCAUCAAGGUCAAGCUCAACUCUCGAGUUCAACGAAAUCCUCGAGCUUCGACCCCUCGCGCUUCGAAUCCUCGAGCUUCUAUGCCUCCACCUGUCGGAGACGCAGCUCAGACGCCGGAACCAAGGAGCUCUAGCGGAAUUGCGAGUGUAUUUAAAAGCUUGACUGGCGGCAAAAUCACCAAAAGUCCAAGUACGCAAUCUCCAGCAACAGGUCCCUUACAGCUCGACAAUGGGAGCAUUCCGCAAAAGCUUAGCCAUGGUAGUACACCCAACCACGAGCCGACGCUUGAACAACUGCAGGCAGGUCACAGCCUCGCAGAUCGCAUUCGCGCAGCGGAAUAUUUACGUCGAGCCGUGAUUGACUACCCCAUGGAAAAUAUAUCCAUGAUAUUCAAUGCAGGCAAAGAUUUGAUUGAAACGAGUCAGACGCAGCAAGCGCGAAUUGCGGGUUUCGAAUUGUUGAUUGCCUGUGUUCAGUGUACAUCCUCAAAUGAUCCCGAAAGAGCAAGCUUUUUCCAAGUAUUGAGUCGUCCCACGAACAGGGAAGAUUUUCACCUGCAACUUGUCUCAUUGAUCGAACUAUCACGACACGGCAAAGAUCUCUCAGGUUUCCAUUAUGAACUACUACCUUUGUUGACUACAUGGCUGAAGGAUACUUGGUCUGCAGCCACCGCAGAACGAAAUGCGCUUAAGAAGGCCACCCGUCAGAGCCCCCUGCCGAAGGAACCGACACCUUCAGAGGAGGAGUCUAACCUAUCUCUGCUGUUUUUUUUUAUUGCGGAUGUUAUCAAGUUUAGUUCCAAUAUUGUCACGGAUUCAGCAUCAUCCCAGCUUCUGUCUCAGAUUCUUGAGAUUUGCACUUCCUCUGCUACAGAGGCGGAUCUCAAAGCCUGCAAUCAAGUGUUUGAUGCCGUUAUAACAUACGGAGAUAUUCCAGAUAGGGAGCUUCAGCCAAUUGUGAAGGUUCUGUGCUCUAUACAUAGUUCUCUCUGGAAUGUACACCAAGACGCAUGGAGAUGUAUUAGCAACCUGUGCAGAUCCCAUCACGGGCUCACGAUGGUCAGAAUACUGAUUGAGGUACUCGGAAAGCCUCUAUUAGACAAAUCCGACGAUAAGCAAUACAGCCAAAAUAUCAAAGAGGUUAGGGGUGCUAUUUCAACAUUAGAGAAGUUAUUUGCCAAGGACGCAAAGAAUGGCUAUCCCUUGGUCCCAUUCACACUUCUCAUGACCUCUCUAAGAAAGUCCCUUGAGCUUGAUCGUACUGCAGUUGACUGCGAUACACUGCAAUUGGUUCAUUCACUUUUGAUUCACGAAGGCGGAAUCAUGCAGAAUGUGCUGGACGAAGACUGGUCACUGAUGUUUGAGAUUGUGUCUAUAUGCUCUAGACGUAUUUCAGACCCAGUAACGAACCGAUCUCAGAUAUAUAAUACUAUCAACAGAAGUCCGUCCCUAAAGGAUGAAACUCCGCAGCAGAGGUUCAUAACAAAGAUGGAGGAAUUAAUUCGUGAUCUGAUUUUGCGUGUCGAGCAAUUGUUGAAUUCGCCUCCGCCCAAUUUCGUUCAAAAAGAUGAUUGUUUUAAAUUCUUUAUCAAGUCUCAUGCCUAUCUUCCAGACACUUGCGCAAGAUUGGUCAUUGAUCAUUUUAUCGACUAUAAAUGUUGUUCGCCAUCAGAUCUACAAUGGAAGGAUAACAUUAAUCUGAUCCUUGGCGGGUUUCUUGCCGAUCGGUCCCGCCCGCCCGACAUUCGACUACACGCUCUGAAAGCUGUCACAGAUGUAUACGUUAUUGUCAGCGUUACUGAUCAGCCUGAGAUCUUUGAAGCUUUUGCUGUGACAGUUUUGGCAUAUGUCCGAGAUGAGAAGGAUAUUGCAAUAUUGCAGGAAUUUAUCGAUUUCGCUGUUGUCAUGGCUGAGCAAACUCUGGAUGAAAGCUUGUUCCAGCAUGCUAUAGACAUUAUGAGAAGUGUUGUCACAAGUGACCGGAUGCAAUCACCGCUUGGCUCACCUCCUGGGUCUCGUCAUGGCAUAUUGUCGAGCAAGUCUGCAGCUUCUGACGCCACGCCUUCUAUUGUGCACAGUCCUUCCAAUGUCGUUGUGAAGGGUUUUAUUCAAAUAUUUAUGCGAACCAUGUUUACGGAUGUCUCCAAGUCAUUACGAGUGUUCGAAGAAUUACUUGCCAUUGUGCAGGCUUCCGACUGCCCUACUGACUCCCGUAUAUCUGCUCUAAAAAUGUUUUUCCGACUUCGAGCAGAUGCGAUGAAUAGAAUUUUCCUUACCCCUUUCACCGAAUCAGAUACUUUAGCGGCUUCUCUAUAUCGGACGACGGAAUCUCUAGCUAGGAAGCACGCUGCAGAUGAAGCUGCGCAGCAGACACGUCUAGCCCGAGUAGAUGAUUCUAACUCUCGUCUUUCCCGGACUACCUCAGGUGGCCAAGCACAGUCUCUCCCUAAGCAGACCUUCAGGCUAGGCAGUGGCAUGAAUCGAACUUUACAGCGUAACCAUCAGAUGUGGAUGUCUCCAGAUGCAGACGCCUUGCCGGACACCACAACUGGAAAUGCUACUUUACGUCUAGUUUCAGUUAUCGAAAGUGUGGAUCAGAAGUUUAUUGCACAAGAUUUAGAUACCGCAGGUACAGUUCCUGACCAAAAAGGUUUGCAGCAGUCUGCUGUUUCAAAUAUCAUCCCCGAAAUAAACGCAGGAGAGGAGCAUAAACAAGACUCCACAAUAGAUCCUUCCGAUAAUUUUUCACAUACCUCAGUCGAGUCCGUCCGUCCAGAUAUAAGUGAAGCCCAAGAGAAAGGAUCUGACCACAAUAAUGAAGUCAAACCCUGUGAGCCAGUUGUUCAGACUGUUCUUAACAUUGACUCUUAUCUCGAUGUUCUUUGCCAACUCCUCGACGGCGGAUGUGACUGGGAGGUUUACAGCUACAUACUUGUUCACUUACCAUCUCAAUUGACAAACCAAGCGCUUUUCAAGUCAUCAAUUCCGCAGAUAAAAAGGCUCAGAUCUUUGUUGUGUGAUUUGAUUAGAGAUAGUAGCUUUCAAGAACCCCCAGUGUCAUCUGGGCUGCGCAAGGCUGAUGUUGCCAUUUGUCUCUUUCAUGUCUUAACAAUGGUCACAAGUUAUAACCGGGAAUUUUCCAAGGCCGAGGAAGACGAAAUUGUAAGGACCUUCUUACAAGGUGUGGGCGCGUGGGAACGCGCCGCCAAAUGCUGUAUUCACGCUCUUUCAAUCUGUUGCCAUGAGCUGCCUGGUUCGACUAGAAAAGCACUAGUAACCAUUCUUCAAAAGAUGUCGCAGAUUAUUACUCAACAGCACGUCGCAAUUCACAUCCUAGAAUUCCUGUCUUGCCUCUCAAGACUUCCAGAACUAUAUGCCAAUUUUCGGGAAGAAGAAUACCGAACUGUUUUUGCUGUAUGUUUCCGAUAUCUCCAGAACGUUCGGGAUCAACCGACCAAGGACAUCAAUGCAAGAAACAACCUUGCUCGAGCUCGAGUUUCCUCAGCACCGUUCUCUGCAGAACACAAUUCGGGGGAUCCAAGCGCCCAAUCUAGCAGCUCGGAUGAUUUGCCACAGUAUGUGUAUGCUCUUGCAUACCACGUCAUCACUUUUUGGUUCUUGUCUUUGAAACUCACUGAUCGCGCUGGCCAAGUCGGCUGGAUCGCCAAAAACCUUGUCUCGACUGAUGCGAAUGGUAAGGAGAAGAUUGAUGAGCAGGCGCAAGUAACUCUGGAUUUUAUGCAAAGGGUUGCCUAUGCCGAUGUGGACGAAUCUUCAGCUGAUCCAGAUUUUACCCCGGAACUAUAUGGUGAAAUUCUGAAAAAGCGCUGGAUCAUUGGCCACAGCGUUGUCACCAUUGAACAAGCGACUCACAAAGGUUGGGCCCAAAUUACCAAGCGCCAUCCUUCUGGUACUUCUUGUUAUAUGGUUCGCGAAAAAUUCAGCCCACCGCCUCCACAUCAAAUCUCUCUCACCACAGAUGCUUUACGGGACGCAAAGCACUCCAAUGCCAACGUUGUUCUCCCUAGCCACCUUCUUUUACAAUUAACUGCUUCAAUCCCACAAGGCACUGAGUUCACGCGUCCAAUUGCUCUUCCUGAUGACGACAUGACUAGACGUGCUGUGUGGGCCCUUGAUCGUAACCCUACUGUGGAUGGCCACAAAGUCGGGGUUAUUUACAUCGGUGACAACCAGACACAAGAAGUUGAGAUACUCUCUAACAUCACCGGUAGUGAAGAGUACUAUACAUUUCUUGCAGGGCUUGCGACACUCACAGAAUUGAAGGGGGCUAAAUUCAACACUCAAGGUCUUGACAGAGAAUAUGGUAUGGAUGGAGAGACCGCAUUUUGUUGGAGAGACCGCGUUUCUGAAAUAGUUUUUCAUGUUACAACGCAGAUGCCGACAAAUCUCGAGCACGAUCCACAAUGCUCUCACAAAAAGAAGCAUAUUGGCAACGAUUAUGUGAAUAUUAUCUUCAAUAACUCCGGCUUACCAUUCAAGUACGACACUUUUCCAUCUGACUUCAACUAUGUUAACAUUGUUAUUGCUCCGGAAUCUCGUCUAUCCUUUACCGCUGCCAGAGAUCCGCGGCAAGGACGAUUGCGAAAAGAUCCAUACUACAAAGUUCAGGUCAUGAGUAAGCCUGGUUUUCCGGAGAUCUCCCCUGCUGCUGAAAUGAAGAUCAUCAGUCUCAGGAAAUUACCGGAGUUCAUCCGCUUGCUGGCGAUGAAUGCUUCAGUGUUCUCCUCGGUCUGGGCAAAUCGUGAGGGUGGAGAACAUGUUUCCCCAUGGCGCAAUCGCCUACGUGAAAUCAAUCGGCUUAGGGUGAAGCACGUACCCCCGAAGCGAUCUAACUCUAUCCAUAUUUCUCCACCGGGCACAUCGAACGGUGCGGUUUCUGAUGCUAAGGGCCGUGAGAAUAUGACUAGUAUUCGUCGAGCAUCCGUCGCCAACUUCAGCUUUCUCUCUAGUUCGAUUGACUCUACUUCUCAAAAAUCAUCGGCGAUAUCUACAGUGGAGCCAGAGAAGGACACAAAUGGAGACGAGCUCAUGGUUGACCGUUUAGACUUCUCACGAUGGGCAUAA